GGUUUUGUUUUGCAACUUCCACAGUUCCAUCCAGGCCGCCUAAAAUCCGAAUCAAAGGUUCCGUUGUCUCGGCCUCGCCGAGAAAAACUGGAGAGUGCCCAAAAGAUUAGAAUGAGCGCUCUACUGAAGAAGCCCAAGACAGAGAACGUAGAAGUCAUAGACGACGACGACGACGACGAACAAGCGGCAGCCGCAGCAGCAAGAAACAAGAUGACAGAAGAGAACGGCGACCCAGAUAGCAGACAAGAGCAAGAAGAAGCCCUCGUCGCUUUGAUUGAGCAUCGUACGCGCGAAGUUCAUCACCUUCGCCAGCGCGUCUCCUAUUACAAAUCUCAGCUUGAGGAAGCAGCAAAGAGGUUAAAUGAUUCCGAAACUAAGUUGGCACGACUUCGACGCCAUGACAAAGUAGGGUCAACCAAGAGUUCCCCGGGUAGUGAAACUAAAAGUGCAAAGGUGGAACCCAGAUCAACGAGUCCUAUCCAUUUAAGUCAAGGGUCUGGUGGGAAGGCUCCAGUUAGUUCUAGUGCUCAAGCCAGUCCAUCAGUUUCCAGUCAGUCUAUUAGUGCUACCAAAGAAAAAGGGGACAAAUCUUAUAGAACUUCUUCAAAGCAGGAAGUUGAAAUUCAAGAUAGAGGGACAAAACGGAAAUCUGAACAGAAAGAACAUAAAGAAUUAAUUCCGUUGGUUCGUACUAGCUCUUCACCAAGUAUAAUCCGUUGCUAUGCAAGCAAUCACAUAUCAAGUCAGCACAAGAGAAAGUUGAGAAGUCUUUCUUUGUGCCCAGUGAAUGAUCAGCUUUUUGUGACCAGUGCUUUGGAUGGAAUAGUCAACUUGUGGCAAGUUCAGGCCAAGGGGUCAGGUGCUUCUCUACUUAGUAGUACUGAUUGUGUAUCCCCAAAGCAAAGGAGAUGGCCAGAAGAUAUAGCCUGGCACCCUGAGGGAAACAGCCUAUUUUCUGUCUAUAGUGCUGAUAGUGGUGAUUCUCAAGUAUCAGUUUUAAAUCUAAAUAGGACACAAGGGAAAGCUCGUGUUACUUUCUUAGAAGAUAAACCUCAUGUGAAAGGGAUCAUUAACAGCAUAGUUUUCCCACCCUGGGAGAAUACCUGUUUUGUCACUGGUGGAAGCGAUCAUGCAGUUAUAAUCUGGAAAGAGACUGAUGCUGAGAAUGUAUGGAAACCAAAGGCAUUGCAUAGGAAUAUGCAUUCAUCUGCUGUCAUGGGAGUCGCUGGGAUGUGCCAAAAGCAGAUAAUACUAUCCGCUGGAGCAGACAAGAGAAUUGUUGGGUUUGAUGCUAACGUGGGAAGAGCAGAGUUCAAGCAUCAGAUAGAAAGUAAAUGCAUGAGUGUCUUGCCAAAUCCCUGUGACUUUAAUCUCUUCAUGGUUCAAGCAGGGACCCAUGAGAAGCAGCUCCGACUAUUUGAUAUCAGACUGAGGCAAACAGAAAUACAUGCUUUUGGGUGGAAGCAAGAAAGCAGUGAAUCUCAGUCAGCUCUGAUAAAUCAGGCUUGGUCUCCAGAUGGUUUAUACAUCUCAUCCGGUACUGCAGAUCCCAUGAUUCACAUAUUUGAUAUCAGAUAUCACGCCCAUAAGCCUUCUCAAUCUAUAAGAGCUCAUCAGAAACGGGUUUUUAAAGCUGUAUGGCUCCACUCUUGCCCCCUUCUCAUUUCUAUAUCUUCUGAUCUGAACAUUGGUUUACACAAAACCACGUAGCUGAUUGAACGUCCAGCCAAACAGCUGCUAGCCCUUAGAAAGAAAAUGGUACAUUUUGUGUUCCUCAUUUUAGGUCGGUGUAAGAAGAUCUGUUACUUGUUUUCAAGAGUAACAACUCUUUGUAGGGCAUUUUUGUAAGAAUCAAGCAGAAAAAUGCUGAUGAGAUGUUGGGAAUUGUAUGUAAUUUUUUGAGGAAAACGAUAUUACUAAGUAGAUGGGGGAUGUAUUGGAUGAAAUUUUGUUUUUUGGAAAUGAAAGAUUUGCAGCUGGUGGAUUUAAGUAAA